ACAAAAAGAAUGGUGGCUUCUGCACGUAAACAAAUUGGUUUAACAAAUUGAACGAGGAAUUGUGAAGAAAGAGGCAUCGGUUCAUUUGUUUUAAUUUUGUUAAAUCAUUUUAUGUUUUAAUUUAUUUUUGUAAUAAAUAUUAUUAACUUAAAAUUUUUAAUUUUUUAGUUUUGGAUUAAUUAAAUAUUAGACAUUAAUAAAACAUAAUUAUUAACUUAAUCCGGUCAAAAUCGAAUUAAGAUUUGUUGAUUGUUAAAUUUUAACAAUUCCGUCAAAUUCGGACCAAAUGUGACCCGUUUUUAUUUGUGAGGGACCAAAUAAUUCAAAAGAUAAUGUUUUGGACCAAAAUCAUAAAAUCGCAAUAUGUCAAAAUGGGCCUUUAGUCUUUUAACUUCUUACCUGAAUAUGUUGAAAUAAAUACAUAUUUUUAUUAGCAAAUAUUUAUGCUCAAUAUUGAUCUUGCUAUCACUCACUCAAUUAUGAAAUUAAUAAUUUAACUUGUUUUAAGUGGAACAAUAAAAUCAAAACUCAGUGGAAAUACGAACGAGGUUGUGUUCAUCUUCUUCUUCUUCUGUUGAAAAUGGACGCCGUUUGCUCUUUGCCCUUCGUGGCUAAAGCCCCUAAAUUUUCUCUUCCCUGUUCCCAAUUAUUCAGACCUAAUUUUGGUGCCAAAUAUGGAGAUUUUACAUUUCCAAGAUCAUCAUCUGUCGCCGUUCGCGGUAGGAGCUGUCUUGAUUUAAAGAUUAAUUUAAGGAGGUCGAUGAUUUCUUACCGAAGAAAUAAGAGGACGGAGCAAUGUUUUAGAGUGCCAAUCAUAUCAUGUUCGAUUGUAGAUGGAAAUGGAGAAUACAAUGAAAUGGAGCCGUCCCCUUCAAUGGAAUGCCAACAGGAGGGUGUUAUCGACUUGAAGCUCCCUAGAAGACGUCUGUUAGUAACUUUUACAUGUGAUGCCUGUGGAGUGCGGUCACAGAGGUUAAUCAAUAGACUAGCUUAUGAACGUGGGCUUGUUUAUGUGCAGUGUUCAGGAUGUUCUCAGUACCACAAGCUGGUCGACAAUCUUGGGCUUGUGAUCGAGUAUAACUUGGAGGAGGAAAUUGAUUUAGAUGCAAAGACGGAUCAAGUCUAGAACGAGCUUUUCAUUUGUCAGCAUUUCAAUUUUUGUAGGAUAUGAAUCUGCUGUGAUAUCAUGAAAAAUAUAUCAAAUUUAAAAUUUAUAGAAUGAUAGUAAAACAUUUUGGAGAUAAUGAAUGAAUAUCAUAUAGAUAAAA